UGACUUUGCUAACGUGACAGGUUGCAGCGAUGUGGUCGUCCGCCACAUUUCCUGUUUGCAACCGAAAAAGACACGAAGAAGUAAAAAUAGACUCGGCAUGUCAAGUGCCUGAGCAGCCGUCACCAACUCGGAAGGAAUAUUCGGUCUUCUGCGAUGUCCUCGAGCUCGCACGAGACCACGGUCAUUUAGCUCACCAUCGACACCCGAACAUACCUGUUUUCCCGACGCUGAGUCUGAAAUGGUAGUCUGUGAUUCAGGUAUGGCCGUGGCGCUGGCUUUGGUGUCUAUCAUCUUGGCGAUCUCCUUGUGCCUGAAUGCUAUUCUUUAUUCUCUGAGACGGAGAGAUGCUCGAAGAAAAGCUGUUGAAGAGUACCCGUGCCCUGAACCCGAGGCCUACCACAUGGACAGUCCUGAGGUCACGUUGGAUCAAGAGAACCCCAUAUAUGGCAACAUAAACCCAGACAGGACAGGUGCUGGGGGGGCUGGCGGGGGAGGGGAGGUUUUCUACGAACACAUGACCACACGCUCCAGGGAGGAGAAGCCCCCACAGCAGGACGUGUCCUAUGCCUCCUUGGACCUGGUGGUGGGUCAGAAGCGGAGGAAGAAGCACAGGAACAAGCAGAACCCCAGACCGGGCCAGAGCCGGGCGGAGCACCCGUCCCAGCAGGACUUCCUGGAGGUGGAGGUGGAGGUGGAGGCGGAGCCCGGCAUGCCGUGCCGGAACAGCAGCCCCAUGAUCUCCCGUAACAGCAUCUACCUGAAUAGCCACCAGGUGGCGAUGGAGAGCGAGGAGCUGGAGAGGAGGCUGGAGAGGGAGAGGGAGGGUCUGAUGGAUUUUGACAACGUGCACGACGACCCCACUCGCUUCUUCACUAGGGCCAAUCAGAGCCAGGCUUUUGACACUGAUAGUAGGUAACCGUGACAACAGUCUCCACCCCCUGAUGCUUUGUGUCUCUUGAGCACCCAGAGAAGGGGAGUACAGUUUGUGAGUUUGGCUUCCCUGCAGUCUGCUUGGUUCUAGAAAGUCUGAGCCAGCAUUGUGAUGUCAUAGGUCAUUGGUUGAUCCAGCUUAAAUCGUAUUUGGAGCAGCACCUGCACCAGAUCUUGAUACUUCUGAAGAAAUCCAUUAGUUUAUUUAUUAUUAAAUACAUUCCAGAAGUUGGGUGAGAUCACUUAUCUCAAAUAUAUGUAGUCCUUUUGUGUGGAGUAGGUAUGUUUUCAUUAUUUUUACACUUACAUAUCUUUCAUGUUAUAAUUCUUCCUGCAGUACACUGUAUAUUUAUUUUUUUAUGCAUUUAGCAGACCUCUUAUCCAGAGCGACUUACACAGGUUACAUUCUUUACAUACAAGGCAGUGUAGAAAUGUGUCUGUGUUAGUGUGCACUGUACUGUACACAAGUCUGAGGUUUCUAUUAAUCUGGUCAUGUGACCUCACCAGACAUAAUUCAGCCUUGCCUGCUAUGUGUGCCACUGUGAGAAUGGCGUCUGUGUGGUGACUGGUAGCUGAGUUUAUGAGAACACACGGAACAAGUGUGGGAGAAAAAACAGCCCUUCGGCUUGACUUUGUGUUUGCCAAACAGAGACAAACCCCCUGCAGUACCUCUGCUCAAACUUCCUGUUAGAGACUGGAACAAGUGAAAAACACAACCUCAAACACUCAACUUCCGGCAAACAACUGCUUUUUUGAUUCAAUGUAAUUUUUUUUUUUUUUGGGGGGGGGGGGGGGGUGUAUGUGUAUGUGCUACAUUGUGGUUCUUUGUUUGUUAGGUAUUAUUUUCAGAAAGAUAUGGUGAGAUUAUCCAGCUUUGUCAGAGCUUUAGUUUAAAUUGUCUCUUGAAACUGGAGUUUGAAUGUACCCCUAAAAAUGACAGAGAGACAUGGGAAAUUUCAGAACAGUUUUUCAUUGUAUCAACGGUUCAACAGUAGAACAUUAUCAUUUUUACAUUUUCCCAUUGCGCUCUUAUUGUUAAAUCAUUAUUUAUAAGUGUGACUGAUAUAAAAAUGUCAGGUAUUUCUCUUUUGAAAUUAUUUCUUUAAUUCAGAGAGGACCUGCAACACACUAUGCAACAUAAAUUGCCUCGUGUUUGUUGCUGUUUUUCAUAUAUAUGCAUUGAGAUACCAGCACAAUGAUUCUCACCAGUUGGGAUUCUGUGUACUUAAUUUGCCUUUCCAGGUGGUACUGUCUAAAUUGUAAAUUAUUUGUGUCUAUUAUAUGUUUAUGUUUUAUGCUGAAUCUCCUGUGAUUCGGUAGCGAUAUGCUAACAUUCCCGAAUGUUAUAUUGCUUAUUAAUGUUAUAUUGCUUGAAUGUUAGCAUAUUGCUAACAUUCCCGACUUCAGGAUUCCUGCUUGCAAAUAUUUGGACACGUGUUCAAGUAUCUAAUGACUAUUCCCGCCGUGGCAACUCGUUAUUUAACUUUAAUCAAACGUCUGCUUUUGACAAAAAUCAGGUUAGAUUGAUGCAGCUGAAUUCACACCGUGAUGUCGUGUUAUACUCUUGUGUGAUGUUGUAUGAUGAAGUGUGUUUGUGUUGUACAAGAAUAAAAAGAAUUUAAAAAAAUGCA